UCCAUGUGGGUUGGCUCAACUUUUUUAUUGUUUUUCAAUUAAAUAGUAAAAUUGAAGGGUAAAAUAUGAAGACACCCAAAAAAACCGUGAAGAGGAAACAAAGUCCUAAGAGAUCCGAGACCGUUGUUCAGAAAGACAAGGAAAAAGUCCGCGACGAGGCAGAAGACGUUGAGGAUUCUGGAACAGAAGAUUUAUUGAAUGGAGAAAUAAGUGGAGAAGGUGACACUACAGACGAAGAGUAUGAUCCAGAAAAUAAUGAAGAAUCAGAUGAAGAACAAGAUCAAACUGUAUUUACAUCGGAUGAAGAGGAUUCUGCGGAUGAAAAAUCUUUCACAGAAGAAGAAAGUGAAGAUGAAGAUAGCGAACAGUUAGAGGACAGUGAAGAAGAUGACGAUGAUGAAAGUGAAGAGGAAAACGAGAGUGAAAAAGAAGAAGAGGAAAAUGAGAGUGACGAAGAAAAAAAAGAAAAAGUCGAUAAGAAGAUUUUAAGAAAGAUCGUGCCCAAUAAAAAUAGUUUGGAAAAAAAUGAUAACAAAAAAUCAUUAAAUACCAAUGUCAAAAAAUCAUCUAAUCAAAAAUCUCAGGAUGGACCUAAAAAAGCUCUGAGCAAAAAUAAAACAGUUGGUGGUAAGAAAAGUUUAGUAGAACCAGAAUCCAGUGUAGGUCCGAGUAAUACUAGUGUCAAUGAAUAUGAUGAUCAUGAUACUUCUGAUGAAGAAGAUAUUAGAAAUACCGUUGGAAACAUACCUCUGAAGUGGUACGAUGAUUUUGAUCACAUUGGUUACAACACAGACGGGAAAAAAAUCUUGAAACCUGAGAAAGGAGAUCAGUUGGAUAAUUUCUUGAAACGAAUGGAAGAUCCUGAUUUUUGGAGAACAAUAAAAGAUUAUCAAACUGGACAAGAUAUUGUUUUAAGUGACGCAGAUAUUGAACUUAUCACUAGAAUCCAGAAGCAAAGGAUACCUGAUGCUCAGUUUGAUGAAUACCAACCGUGGGUUGACUGGUUUUCGUCUCAAGUAGAAAAAAUGCCUCUUCGUAAAUUUCCCGAACACAAGCGUUCGUUUUUACCAUCAAAAACAGAAGCCCAAAAAGUGUCAAAGUUAGUUCAUGCUUUAAAAAUGGGUUGGAUUAAAUCUUCCGCUGAAAUGAAGAAAGAGAGAAGAGAAAAGAAGCAAGGGCCUAAGUUUUAUAUGUUAUGGGACACUGAUGAUCAAGCUGAAGAAAUGAGGAGAAUUCACAAGCACAUUCCAGCACCAAAGAGAUUUUUGCCUGGACAUGCUGAGAGCUAUAAUCCUCCUCCAGAAUACAUAUUUGAUAGUAAAGAAUUAAAACAGUGGCACAAGCUCAAAUCAACGCCAUGGAAGAGAAAGUUACAUUUUAUUCCUCAAAAAUACGAUUCUCUCAGACAAGUUCCUGCAUAUCCCAAUUACAUUAAAGAAAGAUUUCAGAGAUGUUUGGAUCUUUACUUGUGUCCUAGAGCAAUAAAAAUGAGAUUGACGAUUGAUCCAGAAUCCUUGGUACCACAACUACCAAGUCCCAAAGACCUGCAGCCAUUCCCAACAGUUCAGUCUAUGAUAUACACAGGACACUCGGACAUGAUUAGGUGCGUUGCUGUAGAACCAAUGGGAGAAUACUUGGCUAGUGGUGGUGAUGAUCAGACCCUAAGGAUAUGGGAAAUCGCUACUGGCAGAUGUGUGAAAGUUGUAAAUUGUGGUGGCAUCGUGAGAAGCAUUGCCUGGUGUCCAAAUCAAAAUUUACCGUUGAUAGCUGUGGCUGCUGAUCAAAAAAUUCUUUUAAUUAAUGCUGAAGUAGGAGACCGCCUUAUAGUAAAUAAAGCAGAUAAACUCUUAGAAAUCAUCCCACAAAGUGAAGCCAUUGUUCCCGAAAGAGUUAAAACUGCAGUACAAUGGGAACAAAUAACCGAGAGUGAUAAUCCAGACUCUUGGAAACAGGGAAUAAGAGUUAUUUUAAAUCAUUUUAAAACAGUUAAACAAGUAACAUGGCACGGCAAAGGUGAUUACUUUGCUUCAGUAAUGCCAGACGGUCAAAACAGAUCCAUCUUAAUUCAUCAGUUGUCGAAAAGGAGGUCUCAUAUUCCUAUUAGUAAACCCAAGGGACAAGUACAAUGUGUUUUAUUCCAUCCAAUCAAACCAUUCUUAUUCGUAGCGACUCAAAGGAACGUUAGGAUAUAUGAUUUAACGAAACAGGAGAUGUUGAAGAAAUUACUGACAAAUUCACAAUGGAUAUCUACCAUGUCAAUACAUCCGGGUGGAGAUAAUCUUCUUGUUGGCACAUAUGAUAAAAAACUUUUAUGGUUUGAUUUGGAUUUGAGCACAAAACCUUACAAAACUCUUCGUUUACAUGGUUCAGGAAUAAGAGGGGUAGCAUAUCAUAAAAGAUAUCCUCUGUUUGCCUCAGGAGCAGAUGACAGAAGUCUUAUUAUAUGCCACGGAAUGGUUUACAGCGAUUUAAUGCAAAAUCCUUUGAUUGUGCCACUAAAGAGAUUAAGCAAUCACGAGGCUUUUAAUGACUUUGGAAUUUUGGAUGUAUUAUUCCACCCUAUUCAACCUUGGGUCUUUUCAGCAGGAGCAGAUGCGACAAUAAGAAUGUAUACAUAAGCGUUUAUAGUUAAUAAAUAUAAAUUUAUUAUGGACAAAGAAAUAAAUAGUUUUUACAA